UAAUAUGAGAUCUACCUGAAUCUCUUUAAAGUUGACUGUCAGCACAACAGAGCCAGUUCCAAACCUCAUCGGAAUCCACCUACACUGUCAGACUGCGAGGCUCCAGAUCAUCUUCAGAUUAUUUUUGAACACAAACUGAAGACAGGGAAACUCGGAACUAUCAGCAUGUCGGACAAGCAGUCCCAGGUUACACAGCCCAAGACCCAACUCCCCAGCAAAGAGCAAGUUUCAAAAUGCUUUGAUCUGAUGAUGCAGUCCCAGUUUAGCUGGGAGAAACUUCUGCUGCCAACAAUUGAAUCUAUCACUAUUUUAAGUGAAUUAAUUCAGCAGGCUGCAAGAUCAAAGGACAUUAAACUCAAUCAAGGAAGUGCAAACAAGAAAUCCAAGUUUCAAAAUCCACAAUCAUUGUCCAGUUGCCUGAUGAAGGUUUGCAACCAAACUGUAAAGUCGUUUCAAGAGACCCGCAAUAAUCUGGAGCAAAUGCAGAUCUCCUGUGAGGGGAUCACUGUCCAUGUGAAGAAUGUGGCUGAAGGGUCAACUCAGGACAAAGACUUCCACCGUCAACUGAGCAGCAUUAAGAGCUGUGCAGAUCAGUGCAAGGAAAAGGCUGACUCUGUGGUAACUGAGCUCUCCAAUCUGAGUGACCUGUUCAGUGAGCUCCUGGAGAUGUGUGCAGCUUCCCAGAUUGCCAGCCAGGAUAAACUGGAAGAAGUAAGGAAAACCUUGGAGGAAACCAAACAAAGGAAUGAGUUAAUAGAGAAAGAGAAGGAAGAUUUAGACAAAGAAUGGAAUGAGGUUUCCCAGAAGCGUCAGGAACUCCGCAAUGAAUACACUGAUGUAAACUCCAGUGCUUUCGUUGAUGAGCUUUGUUUGGAAGGAUUGAAGAAGAUGAAGGAGCUGCUCCCAAAAAUUGUUGAGCUAGCAAGCAGGUUGAUCAACCCAAUAAUGAGCUUAGAGGAGCUGAGAAAAGGGGUCAUGUUCCUCAUCGAGCUGUCAGCUCAACUCAGCAGCAAAGAAUUUUCGGAAUCAAACACUGAAAUCAGCAAUUUCCUCAAGACAGUCAGAGAGCAAGCAGCAGCGAAGAUCCACGAAGUCCGAUGCAAGUUGGAGGAAUCAAACAAUAAUUACCAGAAAUGUCUUGACAAGAUGAAAAGUUUGGGUGAAGAGAAUGAGACAUUUUUGAGAGAGAUAAAGGACAAUCAGACAGAGGAGAGCAAUAUCAGUACAAGUCUGGAGCUGAUGGUCAAAGGGCUUGGGGCUCUUGGGAGCAUCAAAACCCACUGGUCAGAGAUGAUCAACUUCAUUCGAAUCAUACCCAAGGUAAUUGAAGAUUGCCUGAAGGCAUUACAAGAGCUUGGUGCUGUGGGUGAUGGAGGCACACUGAGUGCUCCAGGGAUGUUAACCAGGAGUCAGAUCCAAGUAUACCAGGCAGUCAGCACCAUAAACAUCAUUGGUGCCAUGUCAAAAACCUAUGUGGAGAUUUACGACAAAUACCUUAAGAAUCCACUGAGAGACCUGAGGCCAUUGUUGCUUGGACAGGGGCCGGAACACAAGUUUAAGCAGAUCCAGAAAAAAUGUUGUGCAGCAAGAGAGGAAAUACAGAAAAAGGUAACUAAGAAUCAAGAAGAGUUUAGAAAGAAUGGAAUUGAAGCCAUCGAAAAACUCACACCUGUUGGACACAGGAAGUGAAUCCAAGGAAUGGGAGCAGAAGUCGACCUUUCGAUCCCUCAAGCCUGCUCUGCCAACCAAUGUGAUCAUAGCUGUUCUUCAGCUCCAGUAACUAUUCCAGACUUAAAUACAUUCAACGAUGGAGCAUCCACGACCCACUGGAGUACAGAAUUCCAAAGAUUCACAUCCGUCUGAGGGAAGAAGUUUCCCUGGAAUCUCUUAUCCAAUCACCAACCAGUUCUCUCUAUCCGUGGAAUCUCUUAUCCAAUCACCAACCAGCUCCCUCCACCCCCUGGAAUCUCAGUCCAAUCACUAAUCAGCUCUCUCUACUCUUGGACUCUCAAUCCAAUCACCAACCAGCUCUCUCUACCCCUGGACUCUCAGUCCAAUCACCAAUCAGCUCUCUCUACUCUUGGACUCUCAAUCCAAUCACCAACCAGCUCUCACUACCCCUGGACUCUCAGUUGAAUCACCAACCAGCUCUCUCUACCCCUGGACUCUCAGUCCAAUCACCAAUCAGCUCUCUCUACUCUUGGACUCUCAAUCCAAUCACCAACCAGCUCUCUCUACCCCUGGACUCACAGUCCAAUCACCAACCAGCUCUCUCUACCCCUGGACUCUCAGUCCAAUCAACAACCAGCUCUCACUACCCCUGGACUCUCAGUCCAAUCACCAAUCAGCUCUCUCUACUCUUGGACUCUCAAUCCAAUCACCAACCAGCUCUCUCUACCCCUGGACUCACAGUCCAAUCACCAACCAGCUCUCUCUACCCCUGGACUCACAGUCCAAUCACCAACCAGCUCUCUCUACCCCUGGACUCUCAGUCCAAUCACCAACCAGCUCUCUCUACCCCUGGACUCACAGUCCAAUCACCAACCAGCUCUCUCUACCCCUGGACUCUCAGUCCAAUCACCAACCAGCUCCCUCCACCCCCUGGACUCUCAGUCCAAUCACCAACCAGCUCUCUCUACCCCUGGACUCUCAGUCCAAUCACCAACCAGCUCUCUCCACAGGUCAGCUCCAAUUUGAUGUUUGAAUGAAGUCUCUAAAUUGGGAAAUAUUGAAUUUGUGAAAUCCAACAGUGAGUUUGGAGAAUUCUUUGAAUUAAUGCAAAGUUUUGAAUGAUUCUGGAAGAUACAAUCAGAUAAAUUUCUCACAUUUGAUUUAUGCUUGCUUAUUCUGUAUCAUUUUAAAACCAUACAGAGAUCAAAAAUGAAAUAAAGAACAUUACAUUAUACCCAA